AGACGCCCGAAACGGCCCACGCCCAAUCCAUCUUUUCUCUUAACCCUUAGUGACGGAAACCGACGCCGCCGACGCCAGACGCACCGCCGGACGCCGACUCUCAAGCUCCAGCCUCCAGAAAUCAUUCGACCAAGAUAUCUGCUGCAAUCUUAUGGAAACAGUCUGAUGCUACUUCCAUUCAGAAAAGGAGACUACAAUUCACGCCACUACCGAAUAAGUUUGGCAGGAACUUUUGAGAAAGGCAUAAAUGAAGGUUCAACAUAUGUGUUUGCUUAUUUUACUGUUGUACAUUAUAUCUCAGGAUGAGAAUCUUUAAAAUCCAAAAGAAUUUGACGAUCUUCUACACGGCAAGACAUAUCUUUUUAAAAUCAAAGCCACAAUUGUUAAUUUUUUUUAUUGAUUCAUAUGGCUGGGAAGUCGUCGGCGGCACCAUCACAGCCCGCUGCCUCGUCCCUAAAUGAUGUUUGGUUAGCUGUUAAGGAUCUCGCCCUUGAGAUGCACGCACUCCGCCAGGAACAAAUUGCUCUGUCACGACGAGUUGAUGAUGCAUUCUCUCUUUUGGAAACUGGGGAGACCCUAAUUGAUUACAAAAGUGGGUUAUUUUGUAAUAGCCUUUUUAAGCCGCGGCGACCGGAUCCAGAUUUUCCAACAUGGUUUUAUAGUGUUACAGGCAUUCGUCCUAAUGCUUGGAUGUCGAACAUUGAGCAACCAAAAGAAGAACAAUUGCAUGAACCCGUUAAGGAAAUCAUUUCAGUUGUGACAGUUGAGAAAGAUAUUAUUGCUCCUACAAGUGUUUCUAAUGAGGUUCCUGUUAUCAUUUUUGAUGAUUGUGCUACGGAUUUUGCGGGAAACAUAAGCUUGGAAAACCUGUUUGUGUUGCCUAAUGAUGUUUCUCUACCAAAGGCUUUUCCAUUGACUAGCAUGUUUGCAGGAGUUAGGGAUCAUGUUUUACUUGAGGGUGCUAAGGGGCUGCAUUUUGUUUCUUUCGAGGCACCUUUCCUCAUCACAUUGCUUGGAGUUCUUUGUUUGCCUGGACAGAAUUCGGAGGCUUGGUCCGAAGGUGGCCAAUUUAUUUUGUUCGCUAUUGCAUCAACUCUUUUGAAGCUUGAAUGGGAUCCUCCACCAAACAUGGCAUGCACAAGGUCAUUGCACACCGUUUGUUUUCCUACUUACACCUUGAGGACAAGGUGUGUUUCUAUCGGGGCGGCAGUGAUACAGAAGGAUUAAUUAAUAAUUUAUAUUAUUUAGU